CGAACGCGAGCGUCUCUCGAUCGCGCACAAACACCCAAACAGACCGACAUAUAGAUCAAAACGCGGUGCCGCGAAAAGCAUGUGAAGUGUUGAAUCCAAGAAAGGAAUCAUGAGCCAGACAAAAACUAAGACGAAGUUUACUGGAGGUAUCUCCCAUGAGGAGUACACGCCGGAAGUUUUACUCAACCCCUUCGUGCACAGACUGGAAUUGGACACUACAUACGAGAAGAUUAAAACAUACAUCCUGACAGUUAUCCUGCUUCCAAUCAGGGUAUCUUUGAUCUGCUUCUUCGUUAUCACAGGUUGGAUAUUUGCCAGCAUUGGCUUAUGGGGCCUCACAGAGGAAGAGUUAAGACAGAAACCGUUGGAGGGUUGGAGAAACCGCCUACGAUCCGUAUGCUGCGCCCUGAUUCGCUGCGUUUUCAGCGCGGGCGGAUUCAGGAUACGCGUAUUGGGUCGCCCCGCCUCUAGAAAGGAGGCGCCUGUGGUGGCGCUCGCCCCUCACUCCUCAUUCGUCGACAGCGUUGCCAUGGUGAUCAUGGGCGGUCCUUCGAUCGUGGCCAAGGCGGAGACGGCCAGGAUACCGUUCUUUGGGAAAAAAUGAAGCAUGUGGUGUGCAUGCUCGGUUGGUGCAGCCUUAGGGCAGGAGGACUGAUCGUGACUGUAAAGGGCAGACAAGCGGAUCGAAGGGAGGCUCCGAUUCUGGUCGCCGCUCCACAUUCGACCUUCAUCGAUGGCGGCAUCGUUUACAUCACUGGGUUCCCGUCAACGAUCUGCAGAAGGGAGAGUGGAGCCAACAACCAUAUAGGAAAGCUAAUAAACUUUACGCAACCGGUGUAUGUAUGGCGAGAUGACCCAGACUCGCGGCAUAACACCAUAAGAGAGAUAGUUCAAAGAGCUACAUCGGACCUCGAUUGGCCUCAGAUCCUGAUAUUUCCAGAAGGAACAUGUACCAACAGGUCCUGCUUGAUCACCUUCAAACCUGGAGCGUUCUAUCCAGGAGUCCCGGUCCAGCCAGUUUGUAUCCGGUAUCCCAACAGGUUGGAUACUGUUACUUGGACUUGGGAGGGACCUAGUGCACUGAAACUCUUGUGGCUAACGUUGACUCAACCCUACAGCAACUGCGAAAUAGAAUUUUUACCAGUAUACCAUCCCAGUGAAGAAGAAAAACGUGAUCCUAAGCUUUUCGCCAACAACGUCAGAGCUGUGAUGGCAAAAGCUCUUGGAAUACCAGUUACAGACUACACUUACAAUGACUGUAAGUUGAUGAAAAAAGCAAAAGAAAUGAACCUGCCGUUGGCACCCUCACUUGUGGAAGUUAGAAAAUUAAGGAACAAACUAGGGUUGGAUAAGACGAAUAUUGAAGAGACCUUGGUGGAAUCUGUGCUGUCGUGUAGAGAUUGCAGUAAAGUCAGUUACAUGGAGUUUGUCAGCGUGCUCAACAUACCUCCAAACAACGUGGCAUCACAACAAUUAUUCAAAAUAUACGAUAAGGAAAACACAGGAAUGAUCGACUUCCGAGAUUACUUUCUGGGCGUGUUGGCAAUUUCAAAAGAACGAACACCGCUUGAGGCUUUGCAGGUGGCUUGUAAGAUAUAUGACCGAAUUGGCUACGGCAGGCUAUGUCCUGAAGAUUUCUGCAAAGCGGUUUGCCACACUUUGGCAUUGAGUAAAGAAUAUGCCAUGGAGGUCUUUGAACAGGCUGACCGAAAUCAACUCGGCUAUAUAACAUUCGAAAACUUUGUGAACUACGCCCAAAAGAAAGCAGAGUUCGCCAGUCUUUUUAGCCUGAGUAUGCAAGAGAAGAUGACACAAAGAAAUGUCGAGAAUUGUCCGAAUUACUACGACAAGAAGAUAGACUGAUCUCCGCUGGAAAAUACUGUUUGAAACUACUGUUAAUCGUGAUAUUAUGAUAAAGACAUUACCAGUUACUGCACAUUCCCGUAGAAACAAUUAUCGGAUCUACGUAAGCCCAGUGUUCUUCCUCAAUGAUGAUCACAAAAAUGAAGGAGAAUAGACACGAAACUUGAGAAUGUCAGAUGUGGAACGAAAAAGGCUUAACGAAUUUAUGUACUCGUAAUGCUCUAGUGAAUUUUCUCACUUAAUAAUUGAUUCGAGAUUAGUAUUGAUAAGUCAAAGUUAUUUUAGGGAUCAAAGUUUUAGAUAUUGAACUUAUCUGUAUAGUCUGGCUGAAUGUCGCCUUUGAAUAGAUCGAUUUUGAGAAUUUAAAAGAAAAAGUAACAAUUAUGUUGAUAGGCCAAUUAUCCGCCUCAUUGAUCAAAUAUUAUAAAAUAUUUAGAACACAAAACCUUUCCAUCUUCACGUUCCAUAAUAAAUCAAUGAUCAAGGUGCUCUAGAAUGCCAAACUCAAAUUUGAGGCUUAGAAGAAGGCAUGAAAAGAUUCUCGAAAGGGCGAGGGCAAUAUUUUGACUCUUGAAAUUUUGUUUUAGAUUUAAAUCUUGAUUAAUCGAAUUUGCUAUAACAAGAAAAAGAUCGUCGGAACUGCGAGUUCACUCUUGAAAUUUUGUUUUAGAUUUAAACCUUGAUCUGUCGAAUUUGCUAUAAGUUAUUUUUUCCCGUCAAGUCAUCUCUAUAAAACAGAUAAAACUGACCGUGCCGAUUGUAGAACAUCUAAACAAAUUACUUUUACGUUUAUGUAUCAAUAGUGCAACUUCUAUCUAUAGUUUUCAAUGUAUUAUAUAAUAGCUAAAUUGUUAAACAUCCCAUAGAGACUAUAAUAAUCUAUCUUUCUUUAUAUAUUGAGGCUUAUAAUAUUUGUGUGAACCAAUAUUCAACAAUUUGUGCGAAUGCUAGACGGUUCUGCUGAUAUGUUUCUGUUUACUUUUAUUAUUGACUGAAAACGAACGGUGAAACUAAAAUAUUUAUCUCUAGCAUAUAGCAAUAUCAUAGUAAUCAUAAAUAUAAUUCACUGUUAUGCGAUAUGUAUGUCUGUAUAUUUAUUUGUUUUGUAUAGAACGUUAUUUUAAAAAGAAA